CCUUACUCGGAAAGGUUUUUGUUUUGUUGAUGUUCGCUUUCUGUAGUGUUUUUUUUGUGCAUUAUGCAGGAGUUGGGCUGCAUUUUGGAUUAAUGUAUUGAAUUAACAACCUGUUUGCUACGAUAGUGUGCCGUAGCCGCUUCUGGUAAGAUUCGUUUGUCUAUUUUUUUAUUACUCCCAGUGAGUGAAAUUGAUCCUGAUGGCGAAUGACCGACUGCGAGCUUUGGAAGAGGUGGAGAAUCAAAUUGCAACGAUUCUGCAGUGCGCUGGUUAGUCUACCCAUGCAUUCAUCAACAACAGUUCAAAUACAUUGUAAUAACAAACGCAUACCUAGCUAGUUAGAUAUACAGUGCAUUCGGAAAUUAUUCAGACCUCUUGCCCUUUUCCACAUUUUGUUACAUUACAGCCUUAUUCUAAAAUGGAUUAAAUUGUAUUUUUCCCCCUCAUCAAUCUACACACAAUACCCCAUAAUGACAAAGCAAAAAACGGAAAUAAAUCAAAUGUUAUGUCACAUGCGCCGAAUACAACAGGUGAAAUGCUUACUUACAAGUCCUUAACCAACAAGGCAGUUUUAAGAAAAUAGUUAAGAAAAUAUUUACUAAAUAAUUUUUUAAAAAAUAAAAGUAACACAAAAUAACAAUAAUGAGGCUAUAUACAAGGGGUACCGGUACCCAGUCAAUGUGCAGGGGUACAGGUUAGUCAAGGUAAUUUGUACAUGUAGGUAGGGGUAAAGUGACUAUGCAUAGAUAAUAAACAGCAAGUAGCAGCAAAUAGUAUAGCAGCAAAUAGUCCAGGUGGCCAUUACAUUAAUUGUUCAUCAGUCUUAUGGCUUGGGGGUAGAAGCUGUUAAGGAGCCUUGGCGCACCUAGACUUGGCGCUCCGGUACCGCUUGCCGUGCGGUAGCAGAGAGAACAGUCUAUGACUGGAGUCUUCGACAAUUUUUUGGGCCUUCCUCAUGCUAAAUCUUUUCAGUCUCCUGAGGGGGAAAAGGCGUUGUCGUGCCCUCUUCACGACAUUCUUGGUGUGUUUGGACCAUGAUAGUUUGUUGGUGAUGUAGACACCAAGGAACUUGAAACAUUCGACCCGCUCCACUUCAGCCCUGUCGAUGUGAAGGGGGGCGUGUUCGGCCCUCCUUUUCCUGUAGUCCACGAUCAUCUCCUUUGUCUUGCUCACGUUGAGGGAGAGGUUGUUGUCCUGGCACCAAACUGCCAGGUCUCUGACCUCCUCCCUAUAGGCUGUCUCAUCGUUGUCGGUGAUCAGGCCUACCACCGUUGUCGUCAGCAAACUUAAUGAUGGUGUUGGAGACGUGUUUGGCCACGCAGUCGUGGGUGAACAGGGAGUACAGGAGGGGACUAAGCACGCACCCCUGAGGGGCCCCCGUGUUGAGUAUCAGCAUGGCAGAUGUGUUGUUGCCUACCCUUACCACCUGGGGGCAGCCCGUCAGGAAGUCCAGUAUCCUGUUGCUGAGGGAGGUGUUUAGUCCCAGGAUCCUUAGCUUAGUGAUGAGUUUUGUGGGCACUAUGGUGUUGAACGCUGAGCUGUAGUCAAUGAACAGCAUUCUCACAAAGGUGUUCCUUUUGUCCAGGUGGGUAAGGGCAGUGUGGAGUCACAUUUACAUGUAUUCAGACCCUUUACUCAGUACUUUGUUGAAGCACCUUUGGCAGCGAUUACAGCCUCAAGUCUUCUUGGGUAUGACGCUACAAGCUGGGCACACCUGUAUUUGGGGUGUUUCUCCCAUUCUUCUCUGCAAAUCCUCUCAAUCGCUGUCAGGUUGGAUGGGGAGCGUCGCUGCACAGCUAUUUUCAGGUCUCUCCAGAGAUGUUCGAUCGGGUUCAAAUCCAGGCUCUGGCUGGGCCACUCAAGGACAUUCAGAGACUUGUCCCAAAUCCACUCCUGCGUUGUCUUGGCUGGGGGCUUAGGGUUGUUGUCAUGUUGGAAGGUGAACCUUCGCCCCAGUCUGAGGUCCUGAGCCCUCUGGAGCAGGUUUUCAUCAAAGAUCUCUCUGUACUUUGCUCUGUUCAUCUUUCCCUCGAUCCUGACUAGUCUCCCAGUCCCUGCCCACAUCCCCACAACAUGAUGCUGCCACCACCAUGCUUCACCGUAGGGAUGGUGCCAGGUUUCCUCCAGACGUGCCACUUGGCAUUCAGGCCAAAGAGUUCAAUCUUGGUUUCAUCAGACCAGAGAAUCUUGUUUCUCAUGGUCUGAGAGUCCUUUAGGUGCCUUUUGGCAAACUCCAAGUGGGCUGUCAUGUGCCUUUUACUGGCCACUCUACCGUAAAGGCCUGAUUGGUGGAGUGCUGCAGAGAUGGUUGUCCUUCUGGAAGGUUCUCCCUUCCUUCUCUACAGAGGAACUCUGGAGCUCUGUCAGAGUGACUAUCAGGUUUUUGGUCACCUCCCUGACCAAGGCCCUUCUCCUCCGAUUGCUCAGUUUGGCCUGGCUGCUUGCUCUAGGAAGAGUCUUGCUGUUUCCAAACUUCUUCCAUUUAAGAAUGAUGGAGGCCACUGUGUUCUUGGGGACCUUUAAUGCUGCAGACCUUUUUUGGUAUCCUUCCCCAGAUCUGUGCCUUGACACAAUCCUGUCUCAGAGCUCUACGGACAAUUCCUUCGACCUCAUGGCUUGGUUUUUGCGCUGACAUGCACUGUCAACUGUAAUAGACAGGUGUGUGCCUUUCCAAAUCAUGUCCAAUCAAUUGAAUGUACCACAGGUGGACUCCAAUCAAGUUGUAAAAACAUCUCAAGGAUGAUCAAUGGAGACAGCAUGCACCUGAGCUCAAUUUCGAGUCUCAUAGCAAAGGGUCUAAAUGCUUAUGUAAAAAGGUAUUUGUUUUUUAUUUAAUACAUUUGCAAAAAUGUCAAAACUGUUUUCGCUUUGUCAUUAUGGGGUAUUGUGUGUAGAUUGAUGAGGAAAUGUUUUAAUUUAAUACAUUUUAGAAUAAGGCUGUAACAUAACAAAAUGUGGAGAAAGGGUCUGAAUACUUUCCGAAUGCACUGUACAUUAGCUCUGAACCAGGGCGUUAGUGCGGCUUGCUAACGCUGGGCUUUCACCCUGGACCAGAGCUAACAAUAGUAUCUGUGUCGUUACAUAGCUAACUAACUAAUUGUACCUAGCCACACAUUUAUAUAAUAGAAAUAGAGCUCUAGAAAGAAUGGGCAUUCAUUGUCGCUCUAUUUUCUCAAUGUCUGUAGUGGUUUAAGACAAGCAAUGCCAGUUUCUAUAAGCCAUUACAUAAGCUGUAGGCCUAAUUCUGUUUUCUUUGUUAAUCUUCUCUAGGCAACAUUGUGUUGGAGCUGUCUAAAGACAAGCACAACGCCAGUUUCCUGGACAGACAGCUCAGCCAGUUUACUGGAUCCGUCAACAGAGUGGAGACUGAGCUCAGCUCACAGAUCAGAUACCUCACACAGGUAACACACGCACACAGAGAGACGCAUGCACGCACAGAAAGACACAGUUGCACGUUUACUGGGGCCGUCAACAGAGUGGAGACUGAGCUCAGCUCAUAGAUGCGCUACCUCACACAGGUAAGAGGGGACACAGAGACGCACAGACAGUCAGCUUAGUAAAUUCACUAGCUCUGUCAGAGUAGACUGAGUUCCGGUCCCAGAUCAGUACCUCACACAGGUAGGAGAAAGAAGACACAGACACAGAUCGACACACAUGCAUGCCCUCGUACACAGUGUGCCAUGCUGUGAAUUGAAAUAUAUAUACAGUACCAGUCAAAAGUUUGGACACACCUACUCAUUCAAGGGUUUUACUUUAUUUGUACUAUUUUCUACAUUGUAGAAUAAUAGUGAAGACAUCAAAAAUAUGAAAUGGUACAUAUGGACUCAUGUAGUAACCAAAAAAGUGUUAAACGAAUCAAAAUAUAUUUUAGAUUCUUCAAAGUAGCCACCCUUUGCCUUGAUGAUAGCUUUGCACACUCUUGGCAUUCUCUCAACCAGCUUCACCUGGAAUGCUUUUCCAACAGUCUUGAAGGAGUUCCCACAUAUGCUGAGCACUUGUUGGCUAUUUUCCUUCACUCUGCGGUCCGACUCAUCCCAAACCAUCUCAAUUGGGUUGAGGUCAGGUGAUUGUGGACGCCAGGUCAUCUGAUGCAGCACUCCAUCAAUCUCCUUCUUGGUAAAAUAGCCAUUACACAGCGUGGAGGUGUGUUGGGUCAUUGUCCUGUUGAAAAACAAAUUAUAGUCCCACUAAGCGCAAACCAGAUGGGAUGGCGUAUCGCUGCAGAAUGCUGUGGUAGCCAUGCUGGUUAAGUGUGCCUAGAAUUCUAAAUAAAUCACAGACUGUGUCACCAGCAAAAUAACCCCACACCAUCACACCUCCUCCUCCAUGCUUCACGGUGGGAAAUACACAUGCGGAAAUCAUCUGUUCACCUACUCUGUGUCUCAAAAAGACACGACGGUUGGAACCAAAAAUCUCAAAUUUGGACUCAUCAGAUUUCCUCCGGUCUAAUGUCCAUUGCUCGUGUUUCUUGGCCCAAGCAGGUCUCUUCUUCUUAUUGGUGUCCUUUAGUAGUGGUUUCUUUUCAGCAAUUCGACCAUGAAGGCCUGAUUCACGCAGUCUCCUCUGAACAGUUGAUGUUGAGAUGUCUGUUACUUGAACUCUGUGAAGCAUUUAUUUGGGCUGCAAUUUCUGAGGCUGGUAAAUCUAAUGAACUUAUCCUCUGCAGCAGAGGUAACUCUGGGUCUUGCUUUCCUGUGGCAGUACUCAUGACAGCCAGUUUCAUCAUAGCGCUUGAUGGUUUUUGCCACUGCACUUGAAGAAAGUUCUUAAAAUUUUCCGGAUUGACCUUCAUGUCUAAAGGUAAUGAUGGACUGUCGUUUCCCUUUGCUUAUUUGAGCUGUUCUUGCCAUAAUAUGGACUUGGGUCGUUUACCAAAUAGGGCUAUCUUCUGUAUACCACCCCUACUUUUUCACAACACAUCUGAUUGGCUCAAACGCAUUAAGAAGGAAAGAAUUUCCACAAAUUAACGUUUAACAAGACACACCUGUUAAAUGAAAUGCAUUCCAGGUGACUACCUAAUGAAGCUGGUUGAGAGAAUGCCAAGAGUGUGCAAAGCUGUCAUCAAGGCAAAGGGUGGCUAUUUGAAGAAUCUCAAAUAUAUUUUGAUUUUUUAAAACACUUUUUUGGUUACUACAUGUUAUUUCAUAGUUUUGAUGUCUUUACUAUUAUUCUACAAUGUAGAAAAUAGUACAAAUAAAGAAAAAAACAUGAUUGAGUAGGUGUGUCCAAACGUUUGACUGGUACUGUGUGUAACUUGGUAGUGUAGAUAUAGCUCUCAUGUGGCCUACAUUUUUCUACAUCAAAGUUAUGCAUGUUUCACAUUCACCUAGUAGUGUAGCCUUGUGCGAGCCAGAACGGCCCACAUUCACCUAACUGAACACUAACAUUUCUCCCUCUGUCCCUUGUAGGUUGCCACAGGCCAGCCCCACGAAGGCUCCACAUACUCAGCCAGGAAAGACUGUCAGAUGGCCUUGAACCGAGCAGAAUAUGCCAGGGUCAAACUGGGAGAGCUGGGACGCACCUGCGAAGUCAUGCUGGAUCCACAACCCUGAGAGAGCACACAUGGUCGGCACUCGGUAGAGCGCAGUAGGUGGAUGUUUCCAUCGCUUGCUGUCACCAUGGUGUUUUAGGACCACCUGCCGAAGAGAGGUGGGGACUGAAAUACUUGUAUUUUAUUUUUGUAUGAUAUCAGUCAAAUGUAUCUGGCAAUGUUCUGUAAUAAAGUUAGUGUUUCAUUACGUUUUCCUGCUUGUGUCAUGCAUACAUGUAUCUUGAAUAAACACACACAGAAGGUACACACACUUACAAAUAAACAGACAAGUUUUUAUUUGACAUUUUCUAAAAUGCAGUACAAAAUAAAGAAGCGACAUAUAUUCUCCAAUGUUGUAAUGUUUUUGUAAUCUUUUACAUUGUCAUUUUGUUCCAUUUUAUUGACUAAAAUAACAUAUUGCUUUUACAGCAUCUUGGUUUUCUUGAUAACAAUAUACUUUGUCUUAAUUUAAUUAAUUCACAGAUAAAGUAUCAGGUAGCAUUUAAGUAUAGUUCUCUAUGAAUCUACAUUUUUGUAGUAGCUUAAAUUGUCCUUAAAAUAAAAUAAGUCUGACUCGAUACACAACAGUCUACAAAUCGACAUGAUUGCGUGCGUUUCCAUGGAUAGAUACCUCAACUAAGAUUGAAGGGAACAAAAAUAGAAUAUUUGUUUUUAAAGGGGAAGUUCAGUAAAAUACUUAAUAUUUUAGAUGGUUCCUCACCCUGAAUGUAGUCUAUGGGCCAGGAGAAACUGUAAUCCA